UCCAUCACUCGCACAUAACCUUGAAAUGACCUAAAGCGUACACACAAGUCUGCAGCUGAGCUGAAGCAUAUCCACCUGUUCCGUCAUUAGAGGGGUAAAAAAAUGGAAAUCAGUGGAAAUACUGCCUUUGCUGUGUAACCACGGCAACUCCUCCCUCAAAAUGCAACAUCACCAAAGCCCCCACCGCGUGAAGCGAGCAGGGAAGGAUGCGCCGUUUGCCGCUUACCUGGCUUUAUUAAUAAACCGAGCGGUUCACGUGGUCAGCGCAGCCCAGCACAAUAUUCUGCUACAUUAGCAAGGUAUUUUCGACCGGGUGUUUUUUUUUUUUUCUUCCUCCUCUCAUCCGAGACGGGAGGGAUGCUGCUGCUGCUGCUGCUGCUGCUGUGAGGGAGAGAGGUGAGCGCAGUUGGAAAAGCAUUUUUUUCCUCCUCUCCAAAGCUCCUCCUCUGUCGUCGGAGAGCGGAGACCGGUCACAUUUUUUGCUCAAUGAGAGCAAGAGGGCACCGGAGAGGAUUUCCUAAUUUCAACGUGCUGCUGUGCCGUGCGGCUGUUUUCUCGCCUCUGUCAAAGAGGCUAAUAUGAAGACAUCAUUUGGCAAACCAGACCCCGGAAAGCACCCACAGUCCUUUCAACUGAUUUGAAACUGAAAACAAGCACCAUGCAGUGUCUCCGGUAAAACCUGCUCCCCACUCUCCCCUCUACCUACCCAGCCAUUGAGAGUGAGGACACCACGAGCUGCACAGACAUGGGUUCAGAUCAGCCCUGCAUGGAUUCACCAGAGAGAAGGCCUAUGGUGGGUGCUGCCUGUAAGCGGCAGGCCCACCGGUGUCUGCGGAGAAAGCUGAGGCCCGUGCGAAUCUUAGGGUUCGUCCUCAGCCUGGUGGCCAUAAGUGCUGUCUCCCUCAGUGCCUUGACCUGGAGCUCAGGGGGCUUCAGCGAGCCAGUGCUCCCCCAGGAGAGUCUCCACCAGUCGGCCCCCCACCGGACUCUACUUUUCACCCAACACCAGAGGGACCCUAACGUGUCAGCCGACAUGCCAAUAGCCAUGAAAUCUACAGCAGAUAGCAACAACAGCCAGGGGGAGUACCCGCCAGACAUUUUCACCCUUGAGGAGAGGCGCCAAGGAGCAGUGCUCCUCCACAUGUUUGGCAUGAUCUACAUGUUCAUUGCCUUAGCCAUAGUGUGUGACGAGUUCUUCGUCCCAGCGCUGACCGUCAUCACGGAGAAGCUGUCCAUUUCGGAUGACGUAGCGGGUGCCACCUUCAUGGCAGCAGGCGGCUCAGCCCCAGAGCUCUUCACCUCCAUCAUCGGUGUCUUCAUCUCACACAGCAACGUGGGCAUCGGGACCAUCGUGGGCUCGGCCGUCUUCAACAUCCUCUUCGUGAUUGGGAUGUGUGCCAUCUUCUCCAAGGAGAUCCUCAACCUAACAUGGUGGCCGCUCUUCCGCGACGUCUCCUUCUACAUCCUGGAUCUGAUCAUGCUCAUCAUCUUCUUCCUGGAUAACUUCAUCUCCGUGUGGGAAAGUGUCGCCCUGCUCUCAGCCUACGCCACCUACGUGAUCUUCAUGAAGUGCAACAGCAGAGUCGAGAGCUUCGUCAAAAAUUGCAUGAGCAAGAACCAAGUGGUAGAAGUAGAAGUACAGCCCAAGGAUGAGAAGGCAAGUCCUGGGGCGCCGGAGGAUGACGGCAAGUUGUCGGCCAGGCCUCGGCUUCAGAGGGGGGGUAGCUCCGCCUCCCUGCACAACAGCUUGAUGAGGAACAGCAUUUUCCAGCUGAUGAUUCACACGUUGGACCCUUUAAGUGAAGAAUUUGCUGACUCUGAGCUUGGGACUUAUGGGAAACUAAAAUAUUAUCACUCAAUGACUGAGGAAGGGAAAUUCCGAGAGAAGGCAUCCAUCCUUCACAAGAUCGCUAAAAAGAAAUGCCAAGUGGAGGACAGCGAGAAGGCCAAUGGAGUGGCAAGCCGUUCAGAUAAGAACCUUCCAAACAGCUCCAGCGUGGAAGUGGAAGUGACACCACCCAUGAACGGAACAGCAGGUCAAGAGGGGGAGACGGCGGAGGAUGAGGAGGAGGAGGACCAGCCUCUGAGCCUGUCCUGGCCUGAGUCCAACCGCAAGCGCUUCACCUACCUCUUAAUCAUGCCUAUUGUCCUUCCCCUGUGGCUGACGCUGCCUGACGUCAGAAAGACGGCGUCAAAAAAGUUCUUCCCCAUCACCUUCCUGGGUGCCAUCGCCUGGAUUGCGGGCUUCUCCUACCUAAUGGUGUGGUGGGCUCACCAGGUUGGAGAGACCAUUGGGAUUACAGAGGAGAUUAUGGGCCUGACUAUAUUAGCAGCUGGAACCUCCAUCCCUGACCUCAUCACCAGUGUUAUUGUGGCACGCAAGGGGCUGGGGGAUAUGGCUGUAUCCAGCUCCGUAGGCUCCAACAUCUUCGACAUUACUGUUGGACUGCCGUUCCCCUGGCUCUUGUGGUCCCUUUUCAGGAACCUGCAACCGGUGCAAGUCAGCUCCAAUGGUCUCUUCUGUGCCAUCGUGCUCCUCUUCAUCAUGCUCCUCUUCGUCAUCAUCUCCAUCGCUGCCUGCAAGUGGCGCAUGAGCAAGCUGCUGGGCUUCAUCAUGUUCAUGCUGUAUUUUGUCUUCCUGGUGGUCAGCGUCAUGCUGGAGGACAAGGUCAUAACCUGCCCGGUGUCCGUCUGAGGACCUUCGAGGACCCACUUCCAAAUCCCACAACCACCACCACCGAUACGACCCACAACCACCACCACCGAUACGACCAUCCUUCUUGUCUGCCAUCGCUCUCACCUGACCCUUGUGAUCCUUUAUCCCAGGAAUAAAAGAAGAAGAAGGACGACUGAACAAGAAAAUAUAAAAAAUAUGAAAAAAUAUGGGCUCUACAUAUUUUUAGUUAAUAGGUGGUGGCAGGGAGGGGUGAAACCAACAAUGGCACAAGACUUUGGCUUGUGCCAGUUUAGCAUAGGCCUAACCUGAGUGGAUUUUUAUUUAUUAUUAUAAUUAUUAUUAUUUAA